UGAUUUUAAUCAAAAAGGAGACAGUCCAAAGACUCCGCGGUCUGUUCUUUGUGUGUGAGUGUAUUUUUUUUUCUUUUGUCUAACUUUAAAAGUAGGAGAGUUUCCAGUCAUGAAGAAGACCUGCAGCUCUCAGCUGAGGCGCUCUGCCGUCCUCGUCCUGGUCCUUCACAGCCUCACUGCGCUCUCCCAAAUUGACCAUGAAAUCACAUAUGUGGUUGGCUGUUUUAAGGAUGGUCCAGUUCAAGUUCAGUUUGAAUUUGAUUCCGAGGAGAUGAUAUAUGCGGACUUUGACAACAGCACACUUGUAUACACCUUUCCUUCUUUCUUCAUGUUUGACCCAACUAAAGUAUUUGAUACAGAACACGUUUUUAGAAAUGCCAGAAAAGCCAAAAAAUCAUGUCCGCUUGUUUUGACGUACGUGAUCGGAGAAGAGAAACAUCCUCCAGAAAACACAGAUCCCCCUGACAGCGUCCUCUACUCUGCUGAAGAAGUGAAGUUCGGAGCUGAAAACACGCUUGUCUGCUUUGUAAACCACUUCUUCCCUCCUUCCAUCAAAGUCAGCUGGACCAAAAACAACCAGCCGGUGUCAGAGGGGGUGUCGCUCAGUCGAUAUUAUCCCAACAGCGAUGGAACCUUCCACCAGUUCUCCACCCUGAAGUUCACCCCAAACAAAGGUGACAUCUACUCAUGCACUGUGGAGCAUGAGGCUUUGAAGAGUCCCAAAACAAGAAUCUGGGAAUCGGAUGUCGUUCAUGAAAGUGAUUCAGUGGGCUGGGACAUUUACUGUGCUUUGGGUCUGGGCUUUGGCUUUCUGGGAGUCGCCAUCGGCACAUUUUUGAUUGUCAAGGGACUCGAGAAAAAGUAAUUAGUUGGUAUUUGAGAGAUUACACUAAAUAAUGUUGACUGACAUUUUUUAUUUAUCACUUUUCUUUUAAAAAAUAUCUACAGUGGUUAUUUGAUUUAUCAGUCGAUACUGUGAUUGAUUCUGUUCUCAUUUUACUCCGUUUGCAUUAGUAUUUUAUAAUUUGAUUUCGAAACAGUGACACAUGAAUAAAAUGUCCAUUUUCCUUU